UAUUGGGCCUCUUCCAACAUUAUAGACCCAUCUAAAAAUUGCUAUUAACUCCAACUUAAUAUAUUGGGCCUAUUCCAAAACAUUAUAGGCCCAUAAAAUUUAGGCCUUUAGAAUAUCUAACACGGUUUUGCCGCAACUUCAGUUUCCACUAAAAUCGGAACAACAAAUUCACACUCUCUCCGCCGCGCACAGACUCACCGACACCACCAAUAAUGUCUUCUUCUCCGGCGAUUCUUCCCGUCACCAACCAGCAAGCAGCCACUCAAUCUCAACCUCCAAUCAAUUCUCACGCCUUCCGUACUUUCCUCUCACGCCUCUCGUCCUCUCUCCGCGAAAGCCUCUCUCAACGCCGUCCAUGGCUAGAACUCGUAGAUCGGAGCUCCUUCGCUAGACCUGACUCUCUCACCGAUUCCUUCUCCCGGAUCCGUAAGAAUCUCGCUUACUUCAAAGUCAAUUACUCCGCAAUUGUCUCGUUAGUCCUUGCUUUCUCCCUCCUCUCGCAUCCAUUCUCGCUUCUCGUCCUCCUCUCUCUCUUAGGCUCCUGGAUGUUUCUCUACCUCUUCCGAUCUUCAGAUCAGCCUUUGGUUCUCUUUGGUCGUAGUUUCUCAGAUCGUGAGACUUUGCUUGGUCUUGUUUUGACUACGAUUGUGGUUGUGUUUAUGACGAGUGUUGGAUCUUUGUUAACAUCGGCGUUAACGAUUGGAAUCGCGAUUGUUUGCUUACAUGGUGCGUUUAGGGUUCCUGAUGAUUUGUUCUUGGAUGAACAAGAGCCUGCUAAUGCUGGUUUACUCUCGUUCAUUGGUAAUUCUGCUGCUACUUCUGCUGCUGCUUCUGUUGUUGCAGGACGAGUUUGAGAAGCUCGAAUUUGAUGAUUCUGAUCCUAGAGAACAAACGAAACCUGGAUUCUCAGGGUUUUUAGUUAUGUUUUGAGUAUAGAUUCGAUGAAGAUCUGUAAGUGUUAGAUCUAAAGAUGCAUUGUUGUGUUGUAUUCUUCAAUUUCGUCACAAUUUAGAAAAUUUGGAGCUGAUCCUUCUCAAGUAUUGUAAGAUCUCAUUUACCUUAAAUCAAUUUGAUACUCUUUGCCUUCAUCACCAUAUGUUUGAGUUAGAUUUAGACUAAACCAGUGAAGAUUAUAGUUUGAC